GCGGCGGCGCCGGCUGGGAUCUUGCAGGCUGACAAACCCUAACCCGGAUCUCUAGAGCCUGCAACUGCUGUUCCUUGCCUCCUUGAGCUCGCGGAGCCCACUGGAGCCCGCCACCAUCCUUCCCACCACGUGCUGCCCUGUGCCCGCAGCCAUGUGCCGCACCCUUGCCGCCUUCCCUACUACCUGUCUGGAGAGAGCCAAAGAGUUCAAGACACGUCUGGGGAUCUUUCUUCACAAAUCAGAGCUGGGCUCUGAUACUGGAAGUGUUGGCAAGUUCGAGUGGGGCAGCAAACACAGCAAAGAGAGUAGAAAUUUCCCUGAAGAUGUGCUGGGGUGGAAAGAGUCAUUCGACCUGCUGCUGAACAGUAAAAAUGGAGUGGCUGCCUUUCAUGCUUUCCUGAAGACAGAGUUCAGCGAGGAGAAUCUGGAGUUCUGGCUGGCCUGUGAGGAGUUCAAGAAGAUCCGAUCAGCUACCAAGCUGACCUCCCGGGCUCAACGGAUCUUUGAGGAGUUCAUUUGCAGCGAAGCUCCCAAAGAGGUGAACAUAGACCAUGAGACACGGGAGCUGACAAGGACCAACCUACAGGCUGCCACAGCCACGUGCUUUGAUGUGGCUCAGGGGAAGACACGCACUCUGAUGGAGAAGGACUCCUAUCCACGCUUCUUGAAGUCCCCUGCUUACCGGGACCUGGCUGCCCAAGCCUCAGCUGCCUCUGUGUCGCUGUCUGGCAGCAGCCCAGCUGAGCCCUCACACACCUGAGCCUCUGUGGCAGCGAGGAAGCCAGCGGGAGGAGAGGUUGAGUCACCCAUCCCUUUGGUGGCUACCCCCCAUGUCGGAGGCAGGUCUUGCAAAGCAAGUGCAAGAGGACA